CACUUUGAAGUUCGCGCCAGAUUCCAGAGAUUCGCCAGUUCAGAAUACGGAGAACGCGCUCAAUUGAGAAAUAGCAACAAAGCACAACCAACGAGCCAAGCCACGACGACACACAACCAAAGACCGACCAUGCUGGACUCUCUUUUGAACCGCUUCUUCGGCCCCGACAAGCCGAGCAGCUCGUCCGACAAGCCAGGUGAGCAAGUUUCCCAGGAAACGGCGUUCACACGCGAAGCGGAUGUGGAAGGCUGGGUUUUCCUCGCGGAAGAACGACACACGGUGCCGGGCUCCAAGGUGCGAACGUACGCAGAUGUGGUAGCAUCCGGCAAAACAUGAAGAGCGAACUCUAGUUUUCACGCACCCAAGACGAACGUAAUUAAAACCAGCAGAGUGGCUCGUGACCGGAUUUUCACCAAGGUGUGGGUCCGACACGAAGAAACACAGAUGAACUUUUUUUCAUUUCGUAGAUAUUUUACAAUCGCAACAACCAAAGUAAACAAAUAGUCCCAAACUGAAAUGGUGUCGAUGAAAUUCCACGAACACGAAUUCUUACUGUAUUAAACUACCUACCUAUCUGGAAC